GCUCCUUCUGGAAUGUUGGACGGCACCGCCUCCUUGAGUGCAUUUACCAGUGGAACAAAAUGUGAAAGAGUUACCUUUGCUCAGCGAUUUGCGUCAAUUCCAAAAGUGCUGGCUGCAGUACGUCACUCUGUCGGCAACAAGCGACAGGACGCUAUGAAUGUCUGGAUUGAAGAACUCAAGGCCGAUUAUUUUAGAGUGUGUCUUAGGGAACUGAAAACAUUCGAUGGAAAGCAUCAGAAUUUAAAAGUGGACUGGCUUGCGUUUACACACAGAGGUGUUCAACUUACAUUUCAAGGAAAAUUACUAUUUGAAAAUGGCGGAGCUCCUCGGGAACAAGACAAUUUCGCCUUUUGCAGGAUACACAAUUUUACCAAAGAGUUUUAUGCACCCCCUGUGGUCAUAGUAACAGUUAAUCAUCUGUACGAUAGCAAGAAUGUAUAUUCCAUCAAGCCAGAGAACAAUGUUCUUAAUACUUGGAUUGAGGUACAGUGCUAUAACUCAUCCCUCUAUGAGUAUAACUUUCUUUUAGAUCAUUAA